AUGGUCAAAGAAGCUCACGUUUCACAGAGAGAGAGAUCUCGUUCACCUCGUCGACAACGCUCUCGCAGUCCAGGACGCACUCAACGUCGUCGUUCAUAUUCUCCUCGCAGUCGCUCACGCAGCCGUGACGAACAUCGCAGAAACGAUCGCAGAUCUCGAUCCCCAAUGUCGGGUGCUGCAGGUGUAGGUGGUUCUGGGGGAUCAGCUUACGGUGGACAACCACAUAGGACAUACGAAGAGAGAGCUGCGGCCAGAGAGCAAAUGAUGAGCACUCUACGUGAAUCAUCGCAACAAGACCGUCGUGUCUACGUCGGCAACUUGUCAUACGAUGUUAAGUGGCAUCAUCUUAAAGACUUUAUGAGAUCUGCUGGAGAGGUCCUCUUUGCUGAUGUGUUAUUGCUUCCUAAUGGAAUGUCGAAGGUGGGCGCCUAUACCAUUGUAGAAUAUGCUACGAGGGAGCAAGCUCAGCAGGCAGUCAACACUCUGUCCAACCAGAACCUUAUGGGAAGACUCGUUUACGUUCGAGAGGAUCGUGAGGCCGAACCCCGAUUCACUGGUACUCCAUCUGGAGGCCGUGGCGGUUACGAAGGCGGCGGUCCACCAGGAGGUCGUGGUGGUUUCCAAGGUGGUUUCGGAGGUGGCAUGGCCCCUGGAGGUGGAGCUGGAGGUGGAGGACGUCAAAUUUACGUCUCCAACCUUCCCUACACCGUUGGAUGGCAAGAUCUGAAGGAUCUAUUCCGCGGCGCUGCCCGAAAUGGUGCCGUCGUUCGCGCCGAUGUUCAUGUUGGUCCUGAUGGACGUCCAAAGGGCUCUGGUAUUGUUGCUUUCGAAUCUCCCGAUGACGCCCGCAACGCUAUUCAGCAGUUCAAUGGUUAUGACUGGCAAGGCCGCCCUCUUGAGGUCCGCGAAGACCGCUUCGCUGGUGCUCAAGGAUUUGGUGGUGCUCGUGGAGGAUUUGGCGGUCGUGGAGGCUUCGGUGGCGGAUUUGGAGGCCGUGGAGGCUUCGGAGGUGGCCGUGGCGGAUUUGGCGGAGGAUUCGGUGGAGGUCGUGGUGGAUUUGGUGGAGGUUACGCCGGAGGUGCCGGUGGAUUCGAUGGUGGUGCUGGAGCUCCCGCAGCUGCACCCAACCCUUUCACCGACCACGCUACCGCUGGAACAGAGAGAAGUGAGAUUAUCUAUGUUCGCAACCUUCCAUGGUCCACUAGCAACGAGGAUCUUGUCGAGCUGUUCACCACCAUUGGCAAGGUCGAGCAAGCUGAGAUCCAAUAUGAGCCUAAUGGACGAUCCCGUGGUACUGGUGUUGUUAGAUUUGACUCGGCCGAGAAUGCAGACACCGCCAUUGAAAAAUUCUCUGGCUACCAAUACGGAGGUCGUCCUCUCGGCUUGAGCUUUGUCAAGUACCAAAUCCCUGGUGGUGCCGGUGAUGCUAUGGAGACAGAAGUCACUCACCUCACACAAGAUCAAAUCAUCUCGCACAUAAUCAUGUGUCUCAUACGCCCUUUUCGAUACACCUGCUGCGACCGAACCUACGUCGAAGUCUCAAAACUUGAUAGCAGCUGUCCCGACGGAUGGCCGCUAGAGAAAUGUCCCGAAGAUCUAUGUCUUGUACAUGGUUCCAGAGUCAGAGAUCAACGGUGGUUGCUUCAGGGUACAUGUUGGAGAUGUCAAGCCAUGAGUGAGGGGCUUGAAGGAGACGAUUACGAAGCUAGAAGACCACCUAUCGAUAAUGCGUUUGUGGUUGAGGGUCUAGAGAACUGUAGUCCAGAAGGACGACGAAGAAGAGCUGAACAUGCUGGAAACUGUUGGUUUUGUGGUGCCAGCAGCGAUGGAGUCAGGGACUGCGAAUCAUGUGACGGAACGGGAUGUGCACGCAAGGGCAAGAAUAAAGCUGUCGAAGAUGUAUCUGAAUGCCCUGUUAAGAAGAAGCGUCACACAAUUGCUACUGUUGCCGGAGGAGGCAUUUCCAAGCCUAGAAGAGGUAGACCACCUGGAGGCGGCAAGAAGAAGAAAUUGGCAGCAAUCAAAGAAGAGGGCCAAAUGAAUCUAAUCUCGUCUUUCAUGGAAGGCAAUAACGCAUACCAGCAAGGAGAGUUCCGUCCCGACAUUCCAGAAUCCUCAUACAACAACUAUUCUUGGCAAUCCGCUGAACAGCAUGGAGACCCUAGCUUACCUAGUUACGGCAUGGCUAUUGACGACGACCCCUAUGCAGGACAAUCCCAUGGUAUGCCUGUAUUCACAGAUCGGGCGCCCCUCCACCAAUACGGUACCAUGGCAGAUUACGAAGUGAAUCCGCAACAAGUAGAGCGCUCCACAAUGGGUAAUCAAGAUCAUCUCCAGUCCUCCAUUGAAUUUGAUCACGAGGGAUCACAUAGUGAAUUCAAUACUGGCGACGGCGGUGAAGGAGUAAGGUCCGAUAGUUUAGACACUUCUGAGAAUCAGUUUGCCUUUUCAAGUGGCUUGCAUCACAGUCAUGAUGUUGCCUUUUUGACUCAUAAUGACUGGCCCGAAUAUGCGGAUAGUUUGACAUUUUCUCCUUUAAAGGAGUCAAACAAUGAUUUCGCACCGAUUCAUGAUACGGGUAUGCAAUCCGCAGGCCCGGUUGCACAGGCUGCUCAAAUGACGGUCGAUCGGUUCACUCCUCAACCACGUUAUUUGCCUAGUCCCACUCUCUCAGAAGCUCAUAUUGCUCAGCAUGCUCCUCCUAACAAUUUCACGGCAACCUCAACCUCAACUCCGGCUUCGAAUUCCGCUGUAGCAGGCAAUACAUCUGCUAAUGCUUCUCUUCCUAUUUCACGUAUCGCUACUCCUCCUUAG